AUGAGAUUGGAAAAAGUUAAGAAAAACUUAGAAAUUGAAAGCCCGGAAAAACCGAAAAACCUAGAAAUUGAAAGCCCGGAAAAACCGAAAAACCUAGAAAUUGAAAGCCCGGAAAAACCAAAAAACCUAGAAAUUGAAAGCCCGGAAAACCCGAAAAACCUAGAAAUUGAAAGCCCUGAAAAACCGAAAAACCUAGAAAUUGAAAGCCCUGAAAAACCGAAAAACCUAGAAGUUGAAAGUCCGGAAAAACCGACAAACCAGGUGGACCCUAACGAGGGGGAGUGUGAUUGCGACCAGGAAGGCUGCAUUGGGUGCUUUUGGCCCUGUGAGUCAUGCUUAUCUAAUAAAUGUGGACACGAAUGCCGUGUCAAUCGCAAGUGGAAACGUUAUGAUGCAUGGAUAAGACAAGGAAGGAUUAAUGACUAA